UGGGUCGUGUGGGAGGCUCGCUCACUGGCUUUGAAAAUAGUUGCAAUCAUUACUUACACAUUUGAUUUUGAGUGUGGUAGAUCCUUGCUGUGUGAGCAUCCACUGGCUAUAGACUCAGCCUGACCAACAUCAUGGAGCAAGAAGACACGUCUGUGUCCCCAUUGGGUGGCAUUAACAUAGCUGCCAAGCCUAAGAAGAGUAUACUGAAGCGCAGUGAUCCAGAGCCCAGCGAGGCGCCUGGCGAUGGCGCCGGCGAUGACGGUUCGGACGCCAGCAAGCGGCCGGUGCCGUUCAGUCGCAUCAUCCCGGAGCUGUCUCGGCUGGAGGAGGAGGACGCCCGCCUGGCCAGCGCGGCGGCCAUCGCCAGCGACCUGCAGAGCGUCAGCAGCGCGGCCAGCCUCAGCCCGCUCAGCUCCGACGACGAGGUGGGCGACAAGCCGCGGCCGGACCCGGGCGCAAAGCCGGCGCCGCCGAGCAGCGGCCGGCCGCGCCGCCGGCGGGGUGGCAACCGGCACAUCCCGCGGCGGCCGCCGGCGCUGCCCGGCGCCGAGCCGCUCUCACCGGCCGGGAGGGAGUUCCCGCCGCGCGGCGCCCGGCCGAUGAAGGGCCGCAGUCCGAGCCCCGCUCGGAUGGUACGCUACAGCCCCAGCCCGGAGCGGGGACCGCCGCGCGUCCGGCCCAGCCGCACCCCGCCGCGCCGCAGUCGCGGCCGCCGCAGCCGGAGUCGCAGCCCGCGCCGGCGCAGCCGCAGCCCGGGCUGGUACCGGCGCGGCCCGAGCCCGCGGCACCGGCGCAGUCCGGGCCGCCGCCGAUGGAGCCGCAGUCCAUCGCCGCGCCGGCGCCGGUCCAGGAGCCGCAGCCGCUCGCCGCCCUGGGGACGCAACGUGGAGCGCAGUCUGCUGGCCAUGUCGCGGACGCCGGGGCCGCCUCCGCCGGGGUACGGGCCGCCGACCGGUCCGCCCGGCUACCCGGCCAUGCCGUACCCGCCGGUAGCGGGCGCGCCGCCGCACCCGGGCUUCCCGCCGCAGCCGUUCCCGGGCAUGGCCGUCCCGAUGGCACCGGGUCCGGCGCCCCCGUUCGGCCAGCCGAUGUACGCCGCUCCUGGUGUGCCCCGUCCCGUGUACGUCCAGCCCCCGGGUCAGCCUGCUCAGCAGCCGGUGCCGCAGCAGCCCACUCCGCCGGGAGCCAGCACCCCCAGUUCAUCCGGAGUCCCGGAACACAUGGACUCGGACAGGCGGCAGCCGUCCGUCCCCCGCCUUCUGACUGACGUGCAGCAGGCAAGCCAGACGCCGCCGGCCGGCGCCGGGUCGCUCAAACCGGAAAAACUUCCUUCAGAGGAGGUGGAGAGCGCGGAGCUGGUUGAGGUAAAGAAGAAAAGUCCAUGGAUGACGCAGCAGCUGCUUGACAUGAAGAAUGAGCUGGAAGCCUUGAGAUUCACCUCCUUUCCAUAUUCCGAUAGGUUUCGGAAAGCCAGAGAAUAUCAGCAACUGUUGAAUGAAGCUAGAGCAAAGCUGGGAUUUGCGGAGACUAAACUGAAGUUAACUGCCGACGGUCAGGUGAUCACCCUUUCGCCCGGCACCCUGACCCGUCUGAAGGCCAAACAGGAUGAGUUUUUGGCACAGCGUGACCGGCUGGCCGGCGAACUUCACCAGCUCAAAAUGGAGCAGAAGCAGCAUGGCGACAACAAUGUCGUCAUGCGCAACGGAAAACCCGUCAACAACUGGGAGCUGCACCAAAAUCUCAAGAAGCAGGGGGAGCUGCUGAAGGCACUGGAGCCCGUGUCAGGUAUACUGGCCCAGCUGAGGCAGUUACUCGACCCCUUCUGUGCCAAACUGGAGAAAGGGAUCAUUACUGACGUCGGCCAGGCGUUAGUGAAGCAGGCCCAGGACGAAGCGGAGGACGACGAUGCCGCUAGCACUCCUACGCCUACCGCUGCCACGUCCAAGUCUGAGGUGUCCUACCUGCUGCUGGGCGACGAGACGCUGGCGGCCGUCCAGGUGUACAUCCGCGAGCAGGAGUCUCGCGCCUCGUUCGGCUCGGAGCUGCCGCCCGGCCGGAUCCGACUGGUCUCUCGGCCGGACGUGGAGUUCAGCUCGGUUGAGUUCCGCCACUGGGUGCGCGCCGCGGUGCGACAGUCAGGCGCCGGCACCCUGGUGCUGCUGGCCGGCGCUGGCUGUCUGGAGUCGGGCCACACGGCAGGCGGGUGGUCGUUCUCGCGGGCCGUGGCGCCGCUGCUGCCGCUGCUGAGGGACCUGCGCGCUGACGGCCUGACGCGCGUCGUGGUGGUGGGUUUGCCGGUGAAGCUGGGAGCCGAUAAGGACGACCGCGCCGCCCAGUUUAACGCGGCGCUCCAGGAGCAGCUGGAGAACGCGGGGCCGCACGUGCCGCGGGUCAUCUACACGCCGGUCAUGGGCGGUCCCAAGGACGGGUUUGGGGAACAGACCGAGGGCGGCCUCACGCUCGAUCUGUACGACACACUGCGACUGGUCAUCGAAAAGUGCGAACAGAAGCUGCCGAAGCCGGUCCGGCUGCCCUCCACGGCCGACUCGAGUGACGCCAACGAGCUGGACUCGCUGAAGGACGCCUCAGAGAAGCUGCAGGACCUGCUGGACGGUCUGCGCGGGCGGCUGGCAGGAGACGAGGCGGCCGGACUCGGCGCCGUAGCCGCGCUCAUCACCAAGCUGAAGGACCGGCCGAUCGGCGCUGACCAGAUGCCAAAGGAGGCGGAGGAGCCGGUGAACCUGAACGCCGAGGAUCCGAGUGUGUUUUUCCGCGACCCUGCCGACCACGUCUGUCUGCACUGCACGAAGAUAUUCCUCAACGCCAAAACCUACCUGGAGCACCUCAAGUCGGAGGAGCACAGAAAACAGUACCUGACCGCUCUACAAAACGUUCCUGAAACCCCAUGGCGGAAAGACAUUCCUCCCAUUGAGAAGAAAAAGAAGAAUGCCGAAUCGAAACCUAUCAAAGGACUGGAUAUGUUCAUCCGUGUCGAGUGCUGGUACUGCAAGGUUUGUGAGAUGUUCGUGGGUGACCUCCGCUGCGCCUCGUCCCAUCUCAAGUCCCGCAGACACAACGCCAAGUAUGAUGAGUACCUGGAGAACAACCCGAGCUACCACGCUGUGGUGGGCGAGACGCGCAGCCGGCUCCUGGUCCGGUGUGCCGAGGAACAGGAGCAGCGCAUCCGCCAGCGGCGCGAGGAGGAGGCACAGAAGCGCGGCGACCGGCUCAACGAGCGGAUGCGCCGCCAGAGCGAGGGCGCCGUGCAGGACGUGACUGACGAGGUGGGCGCCGCUGCCGGUGCCGCGGUGGCCGUCACACCGCCGGCCGUCACCAAGAAGGCCGGCAUCAAGCUGAACCUGCUGACCUCGUCGGCACCAGCGCCCGACGAGAUGGGCCAGCUGAAGCGGAAGGUGCAGGCCAACCUGGCCGCCGAACAGGAGUCCAAGAAGGCGAAGGUGGAGACGGCCGAGAAGGAGGUCAAACAGGCGGCGACCAAGAAGGAGAAAGAGGCUGAGGCGCGGAAGGGGAAGGUUGAGAAGGCGCCCGAGGGUCCGGUGCCGACGGUCAGUAACCUGCCAGAGGCGGAGGCGGCCGCAGCGGCCAAGGUGAAGAUCACCCUGCCCGAGAAACUGUCCCAGAAGCCGGCGGCCGGCGCCGCUGCCGUAAAAAAGAAGGCCGUCCCCAUCGUCGGCAAGCUGCCAAAGCUGCGUGUCAAGAAGCCGGAGCCCGCGAAGCCGGCUGCCGAGCCGCCGCAGCCUCCCGGCCAGCUGUCCAAGUCUGAGCUGGCCACUCUGGAGCUGGCCAACAGAAAAGAGGUCCUGGCGACCAUCCCUCGGCCGGCCUGUCCGCCACCGGGUACUACCCCCGCCCCCGCCGCCGCCCCUGCCCCCACCCCCACCGCUCCCGCUGUUCUGCUCGCGCCGCCGCAGACGGAAGCCAUCAGCGACGACGAGAACCCGGUAUCCGAUGUGCUCGACCUGCUGGACAUCGACCUGCCGGACGCCGACGAACGCGCCGACGCCGACGAGCUGAAGAUGCUGGGCAUCUGUGACGAGGAUGUGGCAGCGCAGCAGCUGCCGGCCACCCGACCGCCGCCCUAAGGCAGGGAGGUGACGCCGCCUGAACGAUGUCAGACGAUGCGGUGCGGCGGUCUGGCAGCAACGGCCGACCUCUGACCGCAGUGGUGUUUUGGCAAUCGCGCUCAGGUUCCGCGGCAGGCGGGACGCCAUCUUCUGUCGGCCUGCUCUGCUCUGGCCGGAGCACCGCGCCUUGAGCGUCCAUCUUCUUCAUAUUCUUCGGCACCGGCAGCGAGGGUGCGCGGAUCGCGCCGUGUGGGUCCGGCACUUUGGAGACCUCGCAGCUCGCUCGGGAGUGGCGAGAAUCGACGCCACUCAGAAGUCAUUGGAGGGACGCGCUGUGACUUGAGACUCGAUCAGGACAUGAUAAACGCAGGGAAUGGUGCUGCCAGCGGCUCAGUUGGGAGGCGACUGCGCCCAAUCGCUGACCUCGGAUGUGCAGUGGCUGUGCUGAGCUGUGUGCCGCGGCCGCGCUGGGACGGAAGACUGGCAUAUGCCACUGGUGAAAGCAGUGGCAGUGGAGCCAUUUUAGUCUCAUCUGAGCAGUGGUUUACCCCGGCGGUGCGGCCUCUAUCGCGGGCCACUUCCGUAGGCACACACCGCGGGCCGUUUCCAAACAGUGCUGCAGUGAGACCGUCAGUGUAAAUAGCUUGGUCGGCGGCCGGGCGUUCCUACCCCACAGUGCGGCUAGUGACUGCGGGAAGUGAGUGUUCUGGUGCGGGGUCUGCAGAAACCCCGUGGACGACACGGCCUAGUGAACGUCGCGACACUGCAGGUGUGCUCGAGCGGUCGAGACCCGCGUGACGACCUCCUCUAUCAUUGUCGCGAGGUGCGGUGUUUGUGACAAACUGGUGUGCCCCGCUAGCCCUCGAUACAGCCAUGAGCGGCGCUGCCUGGUCGGGCCAGCCGCCUCCGGCCUCCGAGGGUGGUGGUUAUGCUCAGCAGUUAGCACGAAUUGUCGCACUGUACGGCCCGCCAUGGAAUACAUGUCACGGUUUCAGAUUUGUCAGUCUUUUCGGUGUUGUGUGCACACCUUUUCACGCUGGUUGUAUCCAGCGGCUGGACAGGUCGUGAGCACCUGCAUGAAAUGAAACUGUCACCAAGUGUGGCACAAUGAUGAAAUGUCAUUCUGUCGCGUUCAUUAUCGGGUUGAAUUGGACACUGCCUAGAGACGAUUUCAUGUAAAAAUACAGUCUGGCAAUACACCUUUUCAGAAUCACGGAAUCGCGGUAUCUUUUUGUGUCGAGAGUGUGAUUUCUGUGAAAGUCGAGCGAUAUUACCCACCUGCUGGCUGCUUCUGCAACGUCCUGAAACCAUUUUGGCAAAUGUGCUUGUUUUCGUCGAAUCGCUUAUUCUCGACUGCGCUGUGGAUGCGUAUAAAUACAUUUUGUGUGGCAAAA